UUUGGGUUCUACCCUCUCUUAUUUCCUCCCUCCCUGUCCCUGCGCCGCCGCCCCCGGUCCGUUGUAGCCGAAGCAGCUUGCGCCGCCUCCUCCGUCGCCGCCGCCUCCCCCUACCCCCAUCGCCAACAGCCCAAGAAAGCAUGGACACCCAGGUGAAGCUCGCAGUGGUGGUCAAGGUGAUGGGCCGCACCGGGUCGAGGGGUCAGGUGACCCAGGUGAGAGUCAAGUUCCUGGAUGACCAGAACCGUCUCAUCAUGAGGAACGUCAAGGGGCCUGUCCGGGAGGGCGACAUCCUCACCCUGCUCGAGUCUGAGCGGGAGGCCAGGAGGCUGCGCUAAGCACUUUCUUUCUUCACCUGUCUGUCUUCGGAAGUACUCCUGAAAUGAUGUGCUGUUACCUUCUUACUCUACUGCUUUCGUCUUUUGCCUUGGCUAUGGAGAUGUAAUGAGUUUCCUUCUGUUGCCGAAAUUAAAAUGCACUUGAUGUUAUUGUUGCACACCUCUGGGUAAUGUGAAUCGACUAUAUUGGAUCC